ACUCAGCAACAGGAUCUUCGUUUACCCACACCGAGUCACCGACCGAUUUAAAAACAAAAACCAAUCAAUUCACAGUUUCCCACAGCAAUAAUACCAACAAAUUAACAAUCUGAACAAAACCAUCGAAUAAUAAAAAAAGAAAAUAAAAAUCCAAAAAUGCCACUUACAUUCAGUUAAGCUUCCUCUCCAUCAUCGUCAUUAUCUUCUUCUUCUCUACCUUUCGAUCCUUUCACUUUGGCGUGACCGAACCAUUCCACUCCCUCGCAAAACGGUGUCGUGCCGAUCGCGUUCGUUCGGUUAAACUCGCGCGUUCAGAAUCCUCCGGAACAACGCUCUUCGCCCAAUUCCCUAUAAUUCACUCCUCUCUCUCUCUCGCUUUCUCUGGUAACCUCCUCGCGACGGUGGCUCUUCCGCAUUCCGCCGCCGCCACUGCCAUCGCCGUUGCCGCCGCCGGAAAACACUAAUCAAUAGAUGGAUGAUUCUGCGUUCAAACGAGGCGGUCACUUUAAUCGAACUUACUCGUGCUCUUCUCAGAGAGAUGUCUGUUACAGCUGUGGCACUUGUGGUUAUGAGCUGAACCUAUCCUCCUCAAACCGGAACACUGCAUCCAUUGGAUCUAAAUACGGGAAGUCCAUAAAGCGAGGUAUUAUAUCAUUCUUCAGCAUUGAUCUUAGCAGAUUUACUCAGGUUGAUGAAAUUCAGUGUGUGCCCCAUUUUGAUAAGCACUCAUGGGGUUUGUUUCGCCGAAGAACCAAGCUUCUUUGUCGCAAGUGUGGCAACCAUAUUGGAAAUGCAUACAAUGGUUACACUUCGUCCUUUCCUCUUGUGUCAGACGGAGCAGAAUCAUCUCCUAGUUCCAAAGUGGUCAAUCAUACAAAAUAUGACAUUCGCAUUUGUGCCUUACAACCUUCAUCUUCUGAAGAAUCUGGAAUCCCCGUGUUUGCUUGAACUACCUGGUAAAAAUAGUAAUUCCUACACAGCCAAAUCCGGUGACAGGGUGGUUAGAAGUUCAUUAAUAUAUGCAGAUGGUUUGGCUUGUUUUUUGUGCUUUUCCUAAUGAAAAUGUGACUAAUAGUCGUGUGAAAGAGUUGUAAGAAUUAAAUUAAAAAUUAUUACAGGUGUGGGAUUUUAUGAAGUUGACUAAACUGUCAAAACUUCCGAGGUAAAAUAUUAUAUUACUUGGAAGAAAAACAAAAACUAAGGGAAAAGAAAAAAUAAAAUUAUUUUUAAA